GCAGCCGGUAGGGUUGCUACCUCACAGCUCCAUGGUCCUGGGUUCAAGCCGACCUCGUAUUAGUGUCUGCUUGGAGUUUCUGUGCAUGUUCUUCCCAUGUGAGUGUGGGUUUCUUCUGGAUUCUCCAGUUUGCUCCCCACUUACCAAAAACAUGCCAGUAGGUGGAUUGGCUAAGAUAAAUUGCCCUUAGGUGUGAAUGUGUUUGUAUUCAUGGUGCCCUUUGAUGAACAGGCGGCACAUCCAGAGUGUAAACCAUUCUCAUGCCCAGUGUGCCUGGGAUAGGCUCCGGAUCCACCUCGACCCUGUGAACAUUAUUUAUGUAGCACAUUCAUAUUGCAAAAUUCACUGUGAAAUGAAAACAGAGAUAAAGAAACAAAAGGAAAUCAAAAGUAAUGAAAUAAAUAAACGUAAAAGAAAAAGGACAAAAUGAUAUAAAAUGGGUAUAAGACAAACGCUUAAGUGGAGGUUUUUGUGCCAUUUUUAAAUAAACUGGUUGCAACAGACAGCUCCAGGAUGCAUUGGCUGUUGAAACUCUCAAUCUAUUAUUGAAUAUUCUAUUAAAAUAAUGUUUUGUUCAUUACCCAAAUCACAUCAUUGGUGAGAUAAUCUUGAAAAGGGAAUUACGAAGAGAUGUGCUUGUGUGCUGACGCAGAGAGAGGAGUAAAAAUAGUUUCACUUUUGUUCUUUACAGCAUAAGAAACGUAACUUUUUUUCAGACUUUAAGGGUGUCUCAUUGAUCCUUGAUCUGUGAAAUUCGAAAAGGAUUGUUGUUUUCCUGGAUGAGAAUUAUUUACAAAGCAUAAUUAAGUGUACUGACGAAUCAGUUGUACGCUAUAAGAAUAUAGACUAUAUAGCUUGAAAACUUUUAUUUUGAAGACGGUAUCUAACCCGGAAGACUUCUUGCAAAAUGCGCGACAGCCAUAACACGUGACUUUCGUCAUACUGACGUCAAAGCCUAUAUGGUAGAGUCUUGCUUUGACGUAGUGUUUACGUGUUGCUGUGGGGUUUCUGGCGACUUUCGUAACAGUUUGGAUAUUUGAUCUGAACUCCUGGGCGAAUGUGAUUUUGUUUGGCUGUUCUGUCCAUUGGCAUGGCGGGUCAUUAAUUUAUUGGCGAAUGAAAAGCAUAUUCCGAAAGGAGUUCUAAUAUCACUGUGGGAAAGUCCAGUAGAUUCAUAUGCCUCCACGUUUUCUGUGCAUAUUGUUUUGAUUGGCUGUUAUUGUUGUGCAAGUCAAUAUCUACUCUUGCACCAAAAGCUGCAGAGAGCAGAGAGUCACACUUCAACAACAUGUGACGUUAAAGAUCAUUAUCAGAACUGUGGUAAGACCUGUGUGUGUGUGUGUGUGUGUGUGUGUGUCAGCAUGGAUGAACGGAAAUGUUCCCGGAAGUCGUAAAAUGUUUCUAGAAACCGAAAAGCGUAGAAACAGACGGAACAGGAGAUAACGAAGUUUGAUCCAUAGAUCUUGAAGGUCUUCAGCUCACUAGCAUAGAACCAUAACUGCUGAGAUAACACACUCCAGAUGCAGUGCCUAGAACAUCCUGUGGAGAAGCUGCGCUCAGUUCUCCUCUCCACUCGUAAGGACCUGGUAGAGGCCUAUGAGCAGUACAGCAGAGAGGAAAAGUGGUUUCUUGAGGAGGGUCUCCUCCGUGGCAGUUCACUUUUCACUGCCAUCACUGUUCACUCUGAUUCUGACUGGAUUCCUGCCCACCCUGAAGCUCCUCAGGACUUCCAGAGCUUCUACAGCAACCCAUACCGCAGCACACCCGACACAGGCCACAAGACCAUUUACAUUCAAACUAUUGGAUCCUUUGGGGAUGGAGCUGGGAUCACUGAGCAGUAUGUGGAGUGGCUGAGGGAAUACUGUGAGGUGUUUUACUAUGGACUGGUGGUCAAGCUCUUACCAGCAGUGACCGUUGCAGCCACCAGCUGCACAUUUCGUGUCAACAGCAACACAAAUAACCUGCAGCUUCAUGCUGGAGAUCUGUUGGCGUUUUUGAAAAAGAGGAAGCCAAAAGAUGCAUUUUGCAUUGUUGGGAUCACCAUGAUUGAUUUGUACCCAAAAGACUCCUGGAAUUUUGUCUUUGGUCAAGCAUCUCUCACUGAAGGAAUGGGGGUUUUCAGCUUUGCUAGGUAUGAUGAUGAUUUCUACAAAAGGAAUUAUGCCGGGCGGCUGAAGAAGGCGAUAAAACUGAAGCCAGGGGAUUACAGUAUAUUCCAGGGCUACUACACACCUCUCAUUAGCAGCACUCUGCUCCUCCGCUCGUGUAAGACCCUGACUCAUGAGAUUGGGCACAUAUUUGGUGUCAAGCACUGCCAAUGGCUCCAGUGUGUUAUGCAAGGCUCCAACCAUUUAGAGGAAUCAGAUCGUCGUCCACUAGACCUGUGCCCCAUCUGCCUCAGGAAACUGCAGUGUGCCAUUGGUUUUAAGAUUGCAGACAGGUACAAGGCUUUGCUACAAUGGAUAGAGAAUGGAACUGGAAGCUCUGACCAUCAGUCAGGCAAACCCACACAGGCUUUCCAAGACUUCAGACAGUGGUUAUGUAAGUGUUUGAGCAUGUUGGGAGAUAAAACAUUUUAACUCUCUUACAUGUUAGUAAGAACAAUAAACAGAAAUGAUAUUUAAUGUAUGGUAGAUAUGUUGUGUUUAGAUCAGACAAGAUUGCACUAUUUUUCUGUGUAAAAACUUUAAUGUAAAUAACAGAUGUUGAAUUCAAAUUUUACUACAAAAAUAUGACUUUUAAAUGUAUAACACUUAGCUUAGAUUUGCCUGAAAUAUAUAACGUUAAAUUAAAAAUGUAAAAAGUUUCAUUGUGUGAAAAACAUAGUGCUAUUCCAGACACAUAAAAUCAUACUUUGUGAAUGUACUCUAUAAGCACUUCCUUUCCAAACAUACAAAAUGUCUAGUAACGAUAGUUAUAUAAUAGUUGUAUAAGUUAUAGUAUUUCUAGUACAGUUGGAAUGAUGAGAUUUUUUUUCUUUGAAUUAAACUGCAGCUGUAGUUUUCACAUUACUGGCACAGUCAUUGUAAAAGCAUUGCAUUAGAUUCAAAUAAAAUGAUACUCACAUUCUCAUCA